AUGGCCGACACUCUCAUAGAACCAUUGUCGAGAGUACGCUUCACGGAUCCAGCGCCGGACGCUGAUCUCAGCCUUCGUUACCUUCGAAACAUAAAAGGCACCGCGUAUGAUUCGGAUGAGGAAGAUGAUGAUGAAGAAGAAUACCCGUUGCCGCAGGAGCCAUUUCGUUUCUUUGAUCUACCCGCCGAAAUCCGUCUUCGUAUCUAUGACUUUGCCCUGUUUACGCCUCCGCGUCGGAACAGAAAAUCAAACGGCAGCGUUGGGGCGUCGUCGAAAAAUCCAAUGCGGUCCCCUCUAUCGCACCGUAUCGCCCUAUUUCUUACCUCGAGACAGAUGCACAAUGAAGCAACUGAUUUCUUCUACUCAACGCAAGCAUUUCGUGUCUUCCACAUCCAAGAUUACGCUCGGAUGCCUACUAUUAGGGGUAUCCCAAGCAAAUAUCGUGCCUCUAUCGGCACUAUCGAGUUGAUCCUCGGAUCGAGCUGGACGGCACCACCUCGCUCGUGGAAGGUCACCCGCCACUUGGGAUUGGAGGAAAUGACCCGCCUUCGACUGCUGAAGGUGUUCAUCGAGUGUGACCCGUCUCAUCCAGUAUUCCACGGCUUUCGUAUUUCGAAUAACUUCUAUUCGGAUUUUGCAGGCGGCUUGCUGCAGGAGAUACUCGGAAGACUGCCGAAUUUGGAAUAUGUCGAAUUUGAUGGAAAUCCAUCUGUCAUUAAGACAGGAGCGUUGAUGCAGCGACUGCUGCAAGAGACAAGAGAAGCGGGUAAAAAGGUCGUAUGGGGCCCCCAACGAAGAUGGACUGAUUAUGAUAAGGAAGAUAUGGUUGUCGAUAGGACUUUCUACCAGCUGAAAAGCAGCAAACCUCGGGUGACUGGUGUCGUUGAGAACUCUUCCCUAGUCGAAGAGGUUAUGUAA